UACGUUGGCGACAACGGAGUUGUGGACUAUGCCGCUCUGCUCCAGGACACUGCCGUUACGCCCGUCGUUGUCCCGAUCGUGCCAACGGCUACGGCUGUCGCUCCUGACGUUUCCUCGUCUGUCGCCGCCAGCGCCUCUUCUGACGCCCCUGAGACGGCGGCUACCCAGACUGCCACUCCCUCUCGCCGGGGGUUUUUUCAGGAGAAGCGGGAGAAGCGUGAUGUAGAGCCCCACUGGGACGCAGCUGCAUGCCCCAGCUCCGGUUCGAGCCCAGGACCCGUCCUGACGCCUGACACGGCCGAAAACUUCAAGGGAAACAGCUGGCUCUCCCAGGUCUAUGCUCAGAAUGCCGGCGCCCCCGCCGGCUUCAGCAGGGUCUACGUCGGCGCUGAUGGUAUCCCCAAGGGUGACAGCUCCUCGAUCACCCAGGCCAUCAUUCCCCUGAGCAGCUACGACGUUAAUAGCUGCAAGGGCGCGUGCGACUACUACAACUGCCAGGCUUUCAGUGUCUUCAUGUCCCGCGACACGUACGUCGACAUGGACACUGUUGACCUCAGCCAGUGCAACAACCCUCCCAGCGUGACCACGUUCAGCUGCGCCGUCUUCGGUUCCACCAUCACCAAGGACAUGAUCAACGAGUUUGGCCAGACCAAGGGCGACUACUUCCAGACGGCCAUUGCCGCCGCCAACGGCUACGUCCGCGACGACAUCUACCGCGACAUCAGCGGCUACUCUGGCACAACCUACCCCGGUGGAACGACGAGCAACGGCGACACGGCCCAGUACCUCCUCGAGGUCUACAACCCCAACGAGAAUGCCGGCGCGAUCGGCUACUCGCCCGAGGUUUGCGCCGCAAGGUGCGAUGGCUCUAGCAACUGCGCUGGCUUCGAUGCUGCUGAGAUUCUCGCCGACGGCAACUUCGCAGCCACCCAGUGCCUCCUUUACACUACUGUCAUCGGACAGGACCAGGGCAACAACGCGGGCCAGUGGGGCACCGAUGGCAAGUGGUACUCCUUCCAACCCUCGGUGUUUUACUCCAAG